AUGUCUAAACAAUACUUGUCCGAAGUUGACUUCCAGCUUAUUCGAAAAUUAGUGGCGGAGGGGAACUCAAACGGUCCACAAGUAAGCAAGACGACGAUUUUAUUCGACGUACAUUAAAAAAGUUGCAUUACAUGACCAUUGAGACCACUCAACGGGAACGUCUGCCGAUGUUUUCUAUGAACAUCAUUAGGAAAAGGAUGAAGGAAUUUGAGCUGCAGCGGCGGAAGGCCAUGACUAAGCCAUAUUUAAGUAAAAAACUAAUAUGAGAACGGAUUUUAUUUGCUAAGAAUUACAUUGAUUACUGAUGUUCAUUUUGGAAGACAAGCCUACGAAAUCGCUCCAGACCGUCAUAUGUGGAAAGAACUUCCCAAGAGAACGCACUACACCGACGGCAACAUUCAAGAACUGUCGGCGGGUGAUGGUUAGGAUGGCGAUUAAAUUCUGUGAGCGGCCGGUCUGGCGGUCAACAUCCGACACCAUCAACAGCAAGGUGUUUAUUGCAAUUGUCAAGGGUGCUUUCGGCUACAACGGCAUAAGUCGGCGCCGAAUGGAUACCGUAAUUUUGCACGACAAUGCACCUGUCCACCGCUCUAGAGAGGUACGAAUUUGAUGCGGCUUGCAAAUAUAAUCUAACAUUUUAGACAACAACCACCUCUCCGCAAUUGGCCUCCAAUCCAAUUUCUUCCCGGCCAACAGUCCCGAUUUGA